UUCAAAAACUGUCAGAACAAAACAAACAAUUUCGUCUAUGGCAAAUAAUGGCCUAUGGCUACCGUAAUUGUUAAUUUAUUGUUUCUUUUGUGUAUUUAUUCGUAAAUAAACACACAAACUAUACUUUAUCGAUAGGCAGCAGUACAAUUAAGAUACACAUUAAUGAAGGACAUACAUUUUUUUAUUGUGAAACUCGUAAAUUGCUUAUAACAAAGAUGAAUAUAAACGUCAAUGUUUACGAGGUGCCUGUGGUCAGUGCAGUUAUUAUGCACCAACAGCCGCCUCAGGAGAUGCAGAAUCACAAUGUCCCACAGCCGCCACCUCCAGUGAACACCCAGGAACCAGAACCACCCCACUUAGUCGAACGAAAACCCAAAAUCGAGAAGAAAAAGAAAGAGGCGAUAGAGGGACAAGCUCGAGAGAUUAUUUUUAAGGUAAUAAAGUUCUUUGAAAGCGAAAAACAGAACAGAGGCUACGCUUACCCAGUAGAAAACGUCGUUAAAAGAGCGUGUGCAGCCACAGGGUUGUCAGAAAGCACGAUAAAACGUAUCAAAAGGGAUGGUUUACGCGCGGAAGCAACACAGACAAAAAUCGCGGGUCCUAAGAAAAAACGCGUAAGAAAAACGAAAGUACAGCUAGAUUAUUUCCAACUGUGCGCUUUAAGAGGCAUAGUGAACAGCUACUCAGUCAGAAAAGAGGUUCCAACGCUUGGAAAAAUUUUAACAGCGGCAAAACACGAAUUGAACUACAGAGGCGGUAAGGAGUCAUUACGACUAAUACUGUUGAAUAAACUUGGUAUUAAGUUUAAGAAGUGUGAGAAGAAGAAUAAAAAGCCUCCGGAACAGCCUCCGCAGCCCCCCCCACAGCCUCCGAUGCAGAAUAUAAUGCAACAACACCAACAGAUGCAACAAGUAAUGAAACCAGUUGAAAAUCAAUGCGUCUACACAACGAUGAUGCCACAUGUACCUCCAGUUUCAUACUGAAGUAGAUUAGCAUUCAAAAUCAAAGAUCAUACAGUUAUUUUUUUUGUUGGAAUUUGAACUAUAGGUUCUUAAAACCAGAGUGUAUUUUGUAUCAUACUGGACGUCAAUAAUACAAAAAGGAAUGAGAAUGAAGGUUUGAUUAGAAGCUAGCUGCCAGCUGAAACUGACAACUGUAGGUGCCUACUGGUUUGUAUGUCUAUACAAUAAACUGUUCUUGAUCAAAACGGCAGCAGCAUGUGCAGUAACUGUCAGAUAUCAACAGAUUUUAUGUCGGCAGUUUAAAGUCAGCAGCUUGCUUUAAAAACUUUUUUUAAUCAGAAUAUACUGCCACAAAUUAAUAUGGUGCUGGCGCUAUUAUGCAUACAUGUAUUUUCCAUACCAAAAUCAUCAUCAAUCUUUUUUUUAUUGUAAAAAGUCCAAUCUUGGAAUCAGACAACGGAAAACUCGAAACAGUAGAACCUUAUUCUACAUUAUUUAAAAUUCAAAAGACACAUGCAAUUUUGGUAAAAUGAGUUGAUUAUUAAUGUUUCAACUGCCAUUUUUCUGGUACAGUUCAGUUCCAAAUAUACUCCAUAUGGGUAGGGUAGGGACUUAACAAAAGGUAAACAAUCUUGAUAUCUAAAUACAUAAAAGAAAGUCGUGUUAUAAUAGUUACACAUUUUAUGACUCAAGAAUGGCUGAACUGUUUGAACUGUAAAUUAGAGGGGAGAUUGCUUAGACCCAGGAGAAGGAUGUAGGAUUUUUUGUCACCAUCCAGCUACGGGACGCGGGUGAAACCGUUGGCGGAAAGCAGUGACAUUUAAAAAUCCAGUUUUAAACUAAAAUACAGUUAAAAAACAGUGUACCUAAAUACAAUAAUAACAAUAACUUUAUCAAUUGAAUCAUUAUUUUAAGCAGUAGUUUAUUUGUUUAAUAUGUAUUUGUGUAAAAACUGCCCAAGUAACUGGGUUGAGGGGUUCAGAUAGGGCAGUUGCUCCUUGUAAAGCACUGGUACUCAGCUGCAUCCGGACUGGAAGCAGACCCCAACAUAGUUGGGAAAAGGCUCGGAGGAUGAUGUAUUUGUGUAAAAAGUCCUAUCAAGAUUGUUUACCUUUAGUUAAGGGUCUACUCAAAUGGAGUAUAAAAUUAUUAUGUAAAUUCAAUAUAGAGAAGAAGUGUCUUUGUAAUGAAGGAAAGAAUAUUUUGAAACCUAAAUUUGUUGGGUUAGGUUCCUAGAGAUGAUAGUAAAAAGUUUAUACAUAAAGAAGGUUUUAAGCAAUAGACUAAUGCCCGUUUUCACCAACAAUCUCUUAACGUUUCCCUAAGUGUCACUUAGAAUAAGGGCUCCCCCAAUAAUAAAGGUUAUAAGGGACACUUAAACUUUGGUGAAAACGAAAUUCGUAUUAAGUGGUGCCUAAAUGCUCUUAGGGGAUUCCUAAAGGACAUCAUUUAUUUCGUACCCAAACUGAAAGCGCCUGCCUCCUCCAGUUUGGGGCUGUAAUGUGAUGUUCAAACAUUGUGGCAUUUUUUUGUAUUUUCAUGUCCAAUAGCAGCCUGGUGGUUAAUUGUAGACGAUUCUUGUAAUAGUAAAAAAUCUUCAGGGCAUUAUUUUCUAUGAGAAUCGACUAUUUUUUUUACUCUGACCGGCUUUUUUAGUUUUGGGUACAAAAUGUUCGAGACUUGAAGGAUCUCCUUUAAGUAUUUGUUGGUGAAAAUGGGCAUAAAACAGUGGGGUUGUCAAAUAUACAUAAAGGUCAACUUAUGAAAUCCCUGAAAAAAUAUGCAAUCGUCGUCAAUCUCGCUAUCUCCAACACAAAAUCAAAACAAAUAUUAUUUUAUUUUAAAAUCUGUAAAUAGUUUAUUAUAUUGUAUUAUGAUCAAUUAUUUUAGUUAAAAAAAAACUAUGGUAGGUAUGCUGAAAAACCCCUUAUAUUUUACUAAUUUUAAAUUAUGUUAUUCUGUCUUAAUACAAAUAAAUUAUGUUGCCGUCUUCAAAAUCUAAAAAAAAUAAUUUCUGGAGCCCUCUAGUUUAUUUCUUUGUACAAAAUAUCAAAAUGAUUAGCGGAUAUGUCAUAACGUAAAAUCUCCAAAGAAAGUAGCGCGACAACAUGCGGGUGCGAGGGGGACGAGGAACGUUACUGACUCCGCCCUUGUACGCCUUUGGAACCGACCAUAUUUUUAAAUAACAAAAAUUGUUUACAGUGCCAGAUGGCUCAAAGAACUUUUCUAAGUUUGUAUGUACUUUCGAAGUAUAUUUUAGGCACAAAUGACUGUGUUUCGGAAGGCACGUUAAACUGUAUGUAGGUCCUGGCUGGCACUGAACAUCCUUGGCAGUCAUUACGGGUAGUCAGAAGCCAAGUAAGUCUGACACCAGUCUAACCAAGGGGGGUUGCCCGGGUAACUGGGUUGAGGAGGUCAGAUAGGCAGUCGCUCCUUGUAAAAGCACUGGUACUCAGCUGAAUCCGGUUAGACUGAAAAGGCUUGGAGGAUGAUGAUGGCUCAAAGAACCCGAACGCCUCGUUAGUUCACUCGUAACUGAUCGUUUUAGUCAUACUCACCGCACCUGUUUGACCUACAAGAAGGUGCCUGACCUACCUGCAUUAUGGUAUCUCCGCUCAUAUUAUUUUCUUACUCCGUGAUUAAAAGCUUCAUUCAAUCUAUUUCUGACUCUUUUUAUCUUGUUGACAAAGAAAGAGUCGGCAAUAGAUUUAAACAAGCUUUAACUUUAAUGGAGCUUAGUGCGACUGACGGUAAGAUAUUUAGUUGUUCUCUAUCAGUAAAGGACAGCAAUAAAUUGUAAACGGAACCGGAAAUGUUAUAUUAUAUCGUGUACAGUACUUCAUCAUUAUAUUAAUGAGUAUAAUUUCUAGUAAUAAGAUACUGUAUCAUAAGGCUGAGUAUUACAUUAUUGUAUUUUAAAUCGAAUAAAAUGAGAAUUAAGUUUUA